AUGGAUAUAUAAAGUAAUGAUACUGCUUAUUACCCUGUUUUUAUAAAGUGCGAUUUUUAUGAUGAUUUAAAGAAAAUUUAUCCCUUGGAUAAAGAAAGUAAUGGCAAAUCUCUACAAGGAUAAGUGUUUUAAGAAGAUGAGUUACUUCCAAUUGAAAAAUAUUUUAAAGAAAAACUAAUGUACCGAGUAGUAAGCUUGCCGAUAAAUCCUACCAAAGAGCAGUUCAGAAAUUGCUUAAUGAAUCUAAAGUAUGAGUUAUUCAAAUAAGAUAAAAACAAGCUUCUCCUGAUAUAUUUUAUUGGAAAAGCUUCCCAACAUUCAAGUUACUAUUAUUAUAAACAACCAGCACUUGAAAUAUUUUUAAGAUCAGAUUCUUAAAGUAAUAAGGAGACUGGUAUCUAAAUUAAUGAUCUAACAAGCUUUGUUUUAAAAAUAAAGGGAUAAUGGCAAUAUCUCAAAAAUAUAAAGACUAUUGUGGUUUAUGAUCGAUUUGAAUUCACUUACAAUAAAUUAGAUAGCAAAACAACUACUUAUUAUGAAUAACUUGAUAUAGUCUCAAACUAGAGUGCUUAAGAUCUUUAUCAAGAAAUUAGAUCUACAGGAAAUAGUCGUUUUUCAAAAAAGUUGGUCAAGAUGAUUGAAACUUAUCAGUGUUGCCUAAAUCAAUGUAUUAUUUCUAAGAAAGCAAUGAAAAGAUAAAGUGAUUCAGAUUAAUACUAAAAUAAAGAUAAAUUUCUCUGUCUUAUUAGCAAAAACUUUUAAAUUGAAGAUGAAUAAAAGCAAAUUAAGUAAUAGAAUAAAAUAAGAAAUUUAUCAGAAGACAAUAAGAGAAAAAGAGGUGAGAAUAAACUAGAUAAAUUUAAAAAAGAACAUAUUGGAAGAAAAGUUAUUGUAGAUUUGCCUAUCUCUAAUCAACUCUGCCAAAUAGUUAAUAGCGUAUUUCUUUUUAUUGGUGAUACACCUGAUUAACUACAAUCUUCAAAAUGA